UAUCAGCCCAAAAUUAAUUCCCAGCCCAACCAAAGCCUAAUCCAAGUGUCCAGCUAUUCCACUAACCCGCUCACCUGCGGCCUAGGCCUUAUGCGAAGAUAGAAGAACGGAGGUCGAAGAGGAGCCUGGCAGCCUGCGACGAAACGACUCAGACUGAAGACGCUGUGAACUGCGAACACCAGCCGACCUGCAGCCACCAGCCGCGGCCGUCCUUUCUCUCCGGCUCUCCGCUCUGCCUGUAGCUCCUGAGCUCAAGCCUCUAGGUGACCAGCCCACCCAUUGUAGAUUUCUGGAUCCGCCCCUGGAGACGUCGCUGCCCCACUGGCCGCUGGAUGUUGUCCGCCGCCGCCUGCGUCUACCUUGCUCACCGCGUCCAGCCGUGCCGCCCUUGCCUGCUGUCCUGCUCCAGUGCUUCACUCUACCGGCUACUCCACCUAAGUCUAAGUCUCUCUCAUUCUGCCUAUCAUAUUCUCAAGAGUCAGCCGUAGCCCGUAGACUUAACUGGAUUUGUAAACCACAGAUAUGAAAUAAAUAUUGCACACCUUUCCUUCAUCUCUGUUUCUUCUCUACCUGAAUCUCUCUCGCCUCAGCAGGAUGAGAUUUAUUCAGGGCAUUUUGUUUUAUGUCGAUGCCGGGGUUUCUCGUAAGCUGUGUACUCCUCAAGUUAUCAGGACCUUUUCUACGAAUCCGGCAUUUGAUAAUAACAAUCUGAAUCAAAGCUCAUUUGAGUCUGCCAAUCACUCUGAGCAACGGCCUUUUGGUGACACUUCUAGGAAAUCACCAACUUUUGGACCCUUUUACCAACACUUCAGUAGGGCUCAGAGAGACAACAAACCUUCAAAUAUGGGAUAUGAUAAUGCCAAGCUUAAUCAAAGCCCAUUUAGGUCUCCCAAUUACUCUGAGCAACUGCCUUUUGAUGAUUCUAUGAAUACAGGAUUUGAUAGUAAAAGGUUUAAUCAAAACUCGUCAGAGUUUGGAAGUUACUCUGAACAACGACCUUUUGGUGACACUAUUGGGAAAACACCUGUACAUAAAUCAUUUUACCAAAAACUUGAUAGGGUUGAGAGAUCUUUCCAGGGAUCCCAUGUCAGUUCUGAAAAUAGGUCAUCAUAUUUAGACGGUCUGGAUGAAAGCGUUAACACAUUGUGUGAUGGAAUGGAUAGUAAGUUGAAGCAGGCCGCUGCGUAUUUUGAGUUUGACCCUGAUGAAGUUGAGAAAGAGGAUUAUUCUUUCCGAAAGGACAUCACUUUUUUCCCCGGAAGUACUUACGAUAUCAAGGACCUUGAUCUUAGAAAACCAGGAGUACAAAAGUCAUGGAAAAGGCCAUCGUUUCAAACAACAACACGAGAAGUCUUGGAGAAAGCUGAUUUCAGAAACGUCGGAUUUCUUGCCAAUUUCAUCACAGAUGCUGGAAUUAUCAUCAAGAGGAGCAAGACGGGAAUAAGUGCCACAGCCCAAAGGAAAGUUGCUAGGGAGAUAAAGACUGCACGAGCUUUCGGUCUUCUGCCAUUCACCACCAUGGGAACCAAACAUUUCAAGUUCGGCAAAACAAUGGAGAACCUCGAUAGUGAUUAUGCAUAUGAGACUCACUACCACAACUUUGUUGAUACAGAUGCCAGUGUGGAGCCCCUAGAAUGAUGAACCCCUUUGGUUUUUCUUUUAUUUCCUUCAUGUUCUCUUUCUUUACGAACUAAUUAGCCAGUAAGUUAUGAGUUAAAUUGUUUUUGCAGAAGAAAGUGUAAUGAGUUCAUGAUUUGUUUGGCUUUAUGGUUUUGUAUCUGGAGACACUAUUAAACAGCUAACGUUGUGAGUUCUGGGCCUUCAGAGAUAGCAAUAAAUGUUAUAUUUCUUGUUCUGUGUAAAUUAAUAUUAUGUGAUUCAUAAUAUUGCAAGUAUUAUUUGGUCUUCAAGUGAAGAAAAAUCAGCAACUGCAAAUGUAAUAGGUCACCCUAACAAACUGCGUCUGUUUGUGAAGCACAUGGGUUAGGUGAAUAGUUGUUAUAGUUUGAAACAUUCAUAACACUUCACAUGCAAGGAUUGGUUCCGGG